AUGGCCCCGUACGCGGCCGAGCGCGACCGCGAGCCCAGCGCCGCCGACGCCCCCAACUUCUCGCACCCGCACCCGCACACCCCCAAGGGCCUGCCGCACCGCACCCCGUCCGAGCGGUCGCUGCCGCUGCGCGAGCGCGGCCCCAAUGCCAGCAGCGCCGCGAGCCCCGCGAAGAUGAACGGCAGCGCGAAGCCCCUGCAGGCGCCGCCCGCCCACGCCCGCCCUGCCAAGCCCGCGAGCGACCGCCGCGUCUCGCACGACAGCGUCCGCCGCAGCCGUGCCGACACAGAGCGCGACAGCCACAGCCUGCGCCAGUCGACCGACAGCCGUGCCACGGCCGACGUCAUGGCCCGCGACGACGGCUACUUCGCCUCGGUGCACGGCAGCGAGUCGCGCGACAUGCUGGGCACCACCCACGUCAAGCUGGGCCAGCUCAACUCGCUCGACGGCGCCCGCGAGGCCCAGAAGGACUUUGUGCCCCACGUGACGUCGCCCGCCGAGUCCAGCGCCCUGCGCGUGUCCGCCGCGAGCGCCGCCUCGCCCUCGCCCGCCCAGCCGCCCUACCGCCUGCAGCAGCGCCACACCCUCGAGGUGCCCAAGCUGUCCGGCUCCCGCCCCCGCGACUCGCAGAACAACACCGACGACGUCGUCACCGCCAGCGGCCGCUUCUCGCCCACCUCGGCCUCGCGCCGCCGCGGCUCCAUGUCGCUCGUGCGCCGCACCACCCGCUCCAUCAACUCCGACAUGCACCUCGACGAGGUCCCGCAGGACGACGACGCCGCGCGCUGGGCCGAGCACAUCCGCCAGAAGCGAGCCAGCAAGCGCAAGCGCCGCGAGGACGAGGACGAGGACCGCGUUGUCGUGGGCACCAAGGUCGACCAGAACCACGUCAACUGGGUCACCGCGUACAACAUGCUCACUGGCAUCCGCUUCACCGUGUCUAGGACCAAUGCCAAGAUGGACCGUGAGCUCACCGACGCGGACUUCGAUGCUAAGCACAAGUUCUCCUUCGACAUCACCGGCAACGAGCUCACGCCCUCGGCCAAGUACGACUUCAAGUUCAAGGACUACGCCCCCUGGGUCUUCCGCCAUCUCCGCGGCACCUUCAAGCUCGAUCCUGCCGACUACCUGGUAUCGCUAACGAGCAAGUACAUCCUGUCUGAGCUGGGCUCGCCCGGCAAGAGCGGCAGCUUUUUCUAUUUCUCCCGAGAUUACAAAUACAUCAUCAAGACCAUCCAUCACGCCGAACACAAGUUCCUCAGAAAGAUCCUGAAGGACUACUACAACCACGUACAAGAAAACCCAAACACCCUGCUUUCUCAGUUUUAUGGCCUACAUCGCGUAAAGAUACCCUACGGACGCAAGAUCCAUUUCGUCGUCAUGAACAACCUGUUCCCUCCCCACCGGGACAUCCACCACACAUUCGAUCUCAAGGGGUCAACCAUUGGUCGCGACUUCCGAGAAGAAGACCUCGACAAGAACCCCCGCGCAACACUCAAGGACCUCAACUGGUUACGAAGAGACCUGCACCUAGAACUCGGGCCAACGAAGAAGGACGCUUUUAUUGAGCAGAUGCGGAAGGAUGUGAAGCUGAUGCAGAAGCUCCACAUCAUGGAUUACUCCAUGCUCAUUGGCGUCCACGACCUGGAAAAGGGCAAUGAGGAGAACCUGCGCGAGAAGACAUUGAAGGUGUUCCAGCCAGGCGGUGAAGCUGCCGAGGAGCCUCAACCCAACCAGCUUAUGCGGACACCGUCAAAGUUGGAAACCGCACGCAAGGCACGAGAGCUUCGACAAUCAGUCAAGACUCAAAAACCAGUACCCAUGGAGCAGACCUCUGCUAGAAUGCCGGACGAAUUGGAGGACUCUAAGAAGCACUUUUAUUUCUACUCGGACGAUGGUGGUUUCCAAGCUACACACGAGGACGAUCGCGCUGGGGAAGAGAUCUACUACUUGGGUAUCAUCGACUGUCUGACACAUUACUCCCUAAUCAAGCGAAUGGAGCAUUUCUUCAAGGGCCUUACGAAUACUGAGUCCCAGAUCUCCGCCAUUCCUCCCGAACGUUACGGAGAUCGCUUCCUCAAGUUCAUCACUGGCGUAACCAAGACAAAAGAAGCCGCUGAACGGGAAAAGGCAGAAGCAGCCCUGCAUCCUCCUGAGGAAGCUGGUGGCGCCAUUUCACGCAGCUCAACAGACCGUGUCAUGGAAAAGGCCGAACACCAAGCAGAGAAAACGCACCCCGAACGCGAAAUCCCCAACCUUCAAAUGCGCGCGGUCCGUAGUCCCUCUGCCGAACGCGGCGAGAUGGGCACCACGCUUCCCGUCGUCGAAGAAGCAGGCGAAGCCUCUAGCCUAGGCGGCCGUAGCAACCGCUCCCACGACGCACCGACCCGCUCUGCGCCACCGCCGCCAGGAGAAAUCCAAGCGUCACCUCUACAAAGGCCUCUGGCACGCGACGUGGAGCACGGAAGGCCACCGCCCACACCUCCCAAGGACUCAGCAACAGGAAGCGUAGGACGACCCCCGACGCCACCGAAGGAUGACCACUACGCGCAUAACAGGCACUCUGGGCCACCGACGCCGCCAAAGGAGGCCAAGGGUCGAAGCAGCGUGGACAAGGAGCUGCCGCGAACACCACUGGAGACGUCGAUCCGGGUCAACUAA